AUGGCUGACAGCCUAGGCGCUGCGGACGAGGCCACCUCCGGCUCCUCCAGUCCUGCCCAGCCGCCGUCGCCGCCGGGGCAGGAUCGCUCGGCCGGGGCGGGGGCGGCGGCGGCUCCGGCCCCCGGGGGCGUGUGCGGACGGGCCGCGGCCCGGGAUACGCCGCCGCUGCCGCUGCGGGAGGGUCCCGGCGGGGGCCCCGCACCCGGGGAGGCGGGGGGCGGGGUCCCGCCGGUGGGGCUGGCGCUGCGCUUCGACAAGCCCAUCAAGCAGGCCUUCUACAACACGGGCGCCGUGCUGUUCGUGUGCCUGUGCUGCGGCGCCGCCGUGCUCGUGUAUUUCAUCCUCGAGGCCUUCCUGCGGCCGCUGCUGUGGGCCGUGCUGUGCGGCACCUUCCUGCACCCCUUCAAGAGCUCGCUGACGCGCCUGGGCCGCCGCUGGCUGCGCCGCCUGCACCGAGCGCACACGCCCAUCGUGCUGGCCGCGCUGCUGCUGCCGCUCUGCUUCGCCAACUACGGCGUGGAGGCCCUGGGCGAGCAGGUGCUGCGGCGCCGCCGCCUGCUGCUGCUGCUGGGCGCGGGCGCGCCGCUGCUCUACGCCCUCUACCACCUGGGCAGCUACCUGGGCGUGCAGGUGCUGCUGGCCUACGCGUGCGCCCUCAUCCGCCAGGGGCUGGACUACUUCAACACCCUGUGGAUCUGGACCUUGGUAGUUGGCUAUGUGUUGGCUGUUUUAUUCAAGUGGAAUCCAAGUACUGAACGCUACUUGAGAGCAGUUUCAAUUCCUGUCUGGAUUAUAUUACUUUUCCAUUUAGCAUCUCUGGCUGGCUCCUGGAGGAUUCCAGUAUUCCUGGUCAUAGUUUUUCUCAUGUCUGUGGGUACUCUUUAUGAAAAGCAGAAUGAAAAAGUCUCCUCUGGGACAGAAUUACCUGGUCAGGUGAUUUCUAUUGCUGCUUCUACACUGGCCACAUUUGCCAUAUCCAUCACAGGGUAUGAGCCAGGACAGGAAGAACAAAAUUCAGCACAGCAACCUACAGAAACUACAAACGGUGGAGAAUCCCCUUGUUUGUAUCCUUCUUCUUCCACUACCUCCUCCCCAUCUCCCACUUUGGGCAGACAGAGGCCUGAGAUUGGAGCAUUUCUUAGAAAGAAGAAGACCAGCGAUGUCUACUUUGUCACCCUUGUCUGGGCCAUUGUUACAGUCCAGAUCUGGCUGAAUUUGUGGAUUGUCCAGCUGCUUCCAGUGCCUAUUGCAGUCUGGGUACUCAAAAAACUCAUUAUACACUUUGGAGUUGUGAACUUCUUAAAGAAACGUUGCUAUGGAUGGUGGCAAGUUCUGGAAAAGUUUUUGAAGGACCGGCAAGAAGCUCUCACACCAUGGCCCAUUAUAGGGCUUGGAAAGUUCAUGUUAAAAGUUGAUAGCAAGCUCUGGCAUUGGCUUAAUAAGAAGAUGAUCUUGUGGUUGGAGAAAAUGCUAGAUAAAAUAAUCAGCAUUUUCAUCAUAUUUUUGCUAGUAAUAGGAACACUUCUACUGGCCCUGCUCCUUACAGCAAAGGUGCAUCAAGAGAGCGUCCACAUGAUUCAGGUCACAAGUAACUUAAUCAAUGAGACUGUCGCCAACCACCCAGAAUGGGCGAAUUGGCUUCCUGAAGCUCAGGUAGUUCAAAGAGCUCUCAAUUCUGCAGCUAAUAAUGUCUAUCAGUAUGGUCGAGAGUGGAUAACACAUAAGCUUCGUAAGAUUUUGGGAGAUAAAGUUAAUAAUACUGCUAUGAUUGAAAAGCAAGUACUAGAACUCUGGGACAGACUGUACCACUCUUGGUUUGUGAAGAAUAUAACACAUUCUGGAAGGCACAAAGGUCACAAGAUGACUAUAAAUCGUCAGAAUAGCUGGCUUGGAGAUAUUCUGGAUUGGCAGGAUAUCGCUUCCUUUGUUCAUGAGAACAUUGAAACUUUUCUUUCUAUCCUGGAAUCUCUGUGGAUAGUGAUGAGUCGCAACGUGAGCCUGCUUUUUACCACGGUUACAACAUUAGUGACUAUUCUUUUCUAUAGUGGGACAGCCCUCCUCAAUUUCGUGCUGUCUUUGGUGAUUUUCUUGACCACACUGUUUUAUUUAUUAAGUUCCAGUGACGAAUAUUAUAAACCAGUGAAGUGGGUAAUUAGUCUGACACCACUGUCUCAGCCAGGCCCUUCAUCUAACAUAGUUGGGCAAUCUGUGGAAGAAGCCAUAAGAGGUGUGUUUGAUGCUUCCCUGAAAAUGGCUGGGUUCUAUGGAUUGUAUACUUGGCUGACUCACACCAUAUUUGGAAUCAAUAUUGUCUUCAUCCCAUCAGCGUUAGCAGCAAUCCUUGGAGCAGUACCGUUUCUGGGAACAUAUUGGGCAGCAAUACCUGCAGUCUUAGACCUGUGGCUUACUCAGGGAGAAGGAUGUAAAGCCAUCUUGCUUCUGGUUUUUCACCUUUUACCAACCUACUUUGUAGAUACUGCAAUCUAUUCUGAUAUAUCAGGAGGAGGCCACCCUUACUUGACUGGGUUAGCAGUGGCUGGUGGAGCAUACUACCUAGGCCUAGAAGGAGCAAUCAUUGGCCCCAUACUUCUCUGUAUACUCGUAGUUGCCUCUAAUAUCUAUAGUGCCAUGCUGCUAAGUCCCACAAACCCCACACCCACCCCAAGUCAGACGAUGUGGCCUCCACAGACACAGCGAGGAAUUUCUGAAGAUCCGAAAUCAUCAGAGUGAUAUUGCACCAACUUCUUUGAUAAACCCUCCUUCCAGUGAGCUCAGAACAGUCUUGGACUUCUGUCCUUCCAGCUAUAAUGGUCAAGGAAGGCCCAGAGAAGUAGCAUUUUGGAAAGAAAACGUGUCUACUGGCCUAUAUGGAGCACUUUGAUUUGCAAGAAAGAACAAAUGCUGCUGAUGGAUUUGUAUAUUAAUGUGCAACCUUACAGCAGAGAAAUUUGUUUGAUGACUUAGUUUUUAGAAAAUGAAAAGUUUUAAGUUAUGCACUGGAGUCAUGGCUGUUACCUGCUGGAACAGCAGACUUGAAUGUUUUCUUUGUGGUGUUGGUUUUGUCUGAAUAGCUUUGAAAAGGGCAAAAUCAUAGCUGUUUUUUCCUGAAGUGUCAAGGGAAAUGAAGGAUAUAUGUGCUUACAGUAAUUUUAAGAGUUCUAAAGUACCUGUUAUUAAAAGUGCAUAUAACAUAAUUAAUUUAUUCUGCUGUAAGAAAUUUGUUUUAAAAUAUUUCUGUAAUAACCACUUUUCCAUGAAGAGUGCUUUUAAGAAACUUAAGAGAUUUGCAGCAUUCAACUGUGUGAGGAAAAAGGAUGACGAUCUCUCCUUUCCCUGCCUCUUUACUGUUGUUAAGAAAGAACAAAUUGGUAUGAAAACAACUGACCUGGAAUUGAGAGUUUACCCCUAGGUCACCCAGAAAGACUUCCCUAAGGAUAAAAAUAUAGCCACAUUCUUAGCGUUGCAAUGAAAUACUUUUGGGGUGCUUUUGUGAGCCUUGCAAUUACUCUUAAAAAUAGGAUGUAACAAUUAUGCGUCUUUCCCUUGUGUUUUAAAUGGGGAUAUCCAGUACGGUCAUGGUUCGAUUUCUAAAUCCGGUUUUUCUUCACAUUUGCAAUUCCGCUUACAUUGUUUAUUUAUUUUUCAUAAUAAUGCCUUAAGUUUAUAGGACACACUUCACUCUUUAAAGCAUCGCUGUUACUGUUACCAUCUUUCAUCCACACAGAUUGAGAUAAGGUGCAUCAGGCGUCAUUGUCCCUGUUUUACAGAUAAGAAUAUUAAAGUUGUGCUUUGUUUUCUAGCUGGAGGGGGCCUCAGUCAUCACAUGCUACCCCCGUGUUUUAAAGAUGAGGAAACCGAGGCCCAGAAUAGCCUUGGAAUCUGGGUGGUCUGACGCAGAAAAGUCUGUUGUCCUUUCUGCUGUACCACACUGCCUACUGAGCGCAUCAGCACGUAUAAUUUCAUCCACAUGGAUACUUCCCGCACCUUUAUAACACUUCCACACCUCAGUCUUCAUUAAAAGAGCCUCAUGAGUUAUUAUGAACAUAAAACUUUAAUUAGUAGUAGCCAACUUCUCGGUGAUGUUGAGCCUCUCUGAAUUUUGUUGAGCUUGUCUUUGGUUGGUUAAAACCUUCCAGAGCUUGUACUCCAUUUGCAUAGCUCUUGAGAGUCAAGGUCAACUCCUUACCAUGAUGGAGUAUAGGAACAGGAUUUCAGAAAAGAGACAUUUUUAUAAUAUUUUAUGUUGGUUUACAAAGCCUGUAGUGGAUUUUUUUUUUCUCAUUUCAUGAUUUACUCAGUUGAUAUCAGCAUUAAACCAGAUUUCAAUAGACGGCUAUUUUGUAGUUUCUUCCACAAAACACUAGAUCCUUUAAAUUUAAUUCUCCAUGUAGAUAAUAUUCAAUUGAGUACAAAAAUCACAAAGGGUAAUCCUGUUUUAGUACAUCAGUUCAUGAGGCGUUUAGACUUCAGGUAAACUAUCAAAUAAAUGACAGACAAAACAAAAAUCAUUCAAAUAAAUACCUGCUGUCUUGAAAUUUGCUGUUACAGUAAAGGACUUGUCUAGAGGUCCCAACUGUAGAACAGCAGGCUGAUCUUUCUGACUGCAGCCCCGUGUUCUUAUUUGUGCCUCUUCCAUUUAUAGCCUAUGUGACCUAAGGCAAGUAACAUCACCUCUGUGGGCCUCCAUUUCUUCCUGUAAAAUGAAGUAAUCUAAUUCAUUAGAUGAGUCCCUAGCUCUAGAUGCAGUGAUUCUCUGCUUUUCAGUUGGUAUUAGUCUCACCUUAAUAUGUGGUCCAAAUACAUGUCUCCAAUAUUCUUAUAUCAAGGAAGAAAGAAGAACAAGCUGUGAAUUUCCUUAUAAAAUUUUUAAAAACAAAAAUGAUGGCGUGUUUGGUACUGAUAAAUCAGAGCUCACUCAGAAGCAGUUAGGUAUGCCUUUAUGCUAUUGAAGGAAAGAAACUGUUUAAUUUUUUAAAAUAGCCCGAAGUCACUGAUGUAUUCUUUUUCUGGGGUCUAUGAAUUGGAGCUUUUCAGAUGUUUACUUGGUACGUGUAACAAACUGUGCCAAAUGCAGCUCUUGUAUUUUUAUUCUGAAGAUAUAUAUAUAUAUAUUUAUGUAUAUAUAUACACAGAGAGAGAGGAAUGUGUGCGUGUGUGUAUGUAUACACACACACACACCUCUACACUAAUGAUACCACAUAAGAGUAAAUUUGAGAGAUCUGCCCAAGGUCUUUUCAUUGUCUGUCCACCUUUCACCUUUCAUUCAUCAUAUACUGAGCUCCAGCCUGUGUGCAUGGCCUGAGCUAGAGGCUAAGGAAGAUACAAAGAUGAAUAAGGAAGUUUUUGCCCUCAAGGAGUUUCUAAUCUUUGUCCAAGACAAAAUUUUCAAUUCUACAUAAAUAGGAUUCAAAUACAAAUAUUGUGUUCAGUGCUACAGAUGAUUCUGUAGUGGAAAUCAACACACAUGUACAUCUGUAGAAGUACUAGAAGUCAUGCAAAACAUUCUUUAUUAUUGCUUUUAAGAAUUAUUUAAUUUCAUCUAAAUGACAAGUUGUAAAUUGAAUAAGAAACACAGACGGCAAUAGCUGUCCCCACAACGUUGCUUGUAUUAAUUGAGCAUUUAUUAAGAAGCAGCCUGGCACAGUGAGUAGAGACGAGGCUUUGAAGCCAGGAAGAUCUGGGUUCAGGUUCCACCUUUGGCAUUACGCCUGUAAAGACCCUGAGCAAAUCACUUAACCUUAGCGCUCUUCACGGCUUGAUGAGACCAUGAAUUACAAAGAGCGAGGCAGCCUGACUCCUUACCUGGGAGAUCUAUGCCAGUGAGACCGCAGGACCAGGCCCUGCCCUUUCAUUGAGUCCUACCAUGGGUCGGCAGGGCGCUGUACUGAGUGUUGGGCUAGAUUCAGAAGUGAAAAAACACAGUUCCUGCCUUUAAGGAGCUUCCGGUCCGGCUAGGGUAAAAGCAUGUACACGAGGAAGUGUAAUGUAUGCUCUGACAAGAUGAACAGAUAGGAAAGUUCUAACACGGAUGAGAGGCUGGGGAAGAAGAUGAUGUAUAACCUUUGUGUUUACCUCCGUAUUAAGUACAUGUGGCCCAUCUUCUGAUGUUCAUUUGCUAUAUUCUACAUUAUAUAACUAAUAACAUAUUAGUUACCAUUUUCACAAGACCUUCAUUUGCUUUUACUAAAUACCCCUAAAUCGUCUUACAGGCAUCAUUAAUCAUAGAUAGAGUUCCCAUGCCAGUUCUUUUAUUUGCUUUGCAAGCGUAGGCAAACUUCCUUAAACUCUGAGUCUCAGAUCUGUCAUCUCCAAAUGAAGGCUAGUCCUACCCUGUCUUAGAGGAUUUGCAUGAGGCUCAGAUGAAAGACUGUUUAUAAAAGCCCUUUAUAAAUUGUAAAGCACUGUCCAGAUAGAAGGUAGUAUUGCUGUUAAUAUUUGCUGUGGUUUCACUGACACCGUCAUUAUUUCCUGACUAUCCAGAAGUGCCAAAAAUGGGUUCCCAAGCACCUGCUGUACCCACCAGAUUUAUUACCUUUUAAAAUAACUCCGCAUUUUUAUCUGCCAAGCUUAAGAAUUACCUACCUAAUGUCAGUACUUAGUUCUUUAAUAUUCAGUUCUAAGAAAGAUGAUUCAGAUGGCCUUCCAGCUCUGAUUUUCUGGGCAGGUUACCUUCUCAAGCUCCCAGAGUUCUGUCCAUAUUCCAGUCCUAAGCUUGUAAUCCUUCUGUGCAUUCCAAUGCAAGUAUCUUCUGCCCAGUGCUUUCAAAUUUAGGUAACAGCUAAUGAGGAGUAACAUCUUAAUUUUUUUAAUUAAUGUGUCAUUUAGGCUUAAAAAUGUUUUAUCUUUUGAAGUUAAUGAUUCGAACAUAUAUUGUAUCUGAAACCACUAAGCAUCUUCUUUAUUUAGUGUACAAAGAAGGUGAUUAUCUCCCUGAAUUCUCCUACAGUCAGACCCCAUUUGGAGUACUGUAUUCAAUUCUGGACAUCACAUUUUAGCUGGAGAGUUCCUAGGAGAGAGCAGUUAAGAUAGUGAGAGUGCUUAAAACCAAGCAACAAGGGAUAACUAGGGAUAUUUAGAAUUUUUUUUAAAAAUCUUGAAAGGCUGCCAUAUAAAGGAAGGAUAAGAUUGUCUUUUUGGCCUCAGAGACGAAGUCUCUAAGGAGGCAACCUUUUAACCAUUAGAACUGCCCAAACAUGAAAUGGGCUGCCUUAUUUAAUACUGGGUUUCAUGAGAAAACUAGAUGGCAUCUUCUUUGGAGCACAAGAUUCAGUUUGUGGAAGGGGUUGUCCAUUAUGACCGCUGAGGCCCCUUCCAGAUAUUAAGAUACCUACUUCCUAGCACAUACUAAGCACUUGACGAAUGCUUUCUUUACCUAAGUUAUUUAAAAUGAUCAAAACUGUUUUAAGCCAAAAUACUUCACGUGCUUCCUAAUGCCUUUUAUCGGUAGAUAAAAAGUCUUCAUUAGGCUUUUGUGAGAUAUCUGUAAUGGAAAUGUGAAUUAGUGAAUCCAUCGCUGAUAUUAUGAAAUCCUGUAAUAAAUUUCAUAGGUUUCACUGGUGACAGUAGUUUAAGUUCAGACUUUCAUAUUGGUUGGUAGAUCAUUAAGCUGUUAUGAAGAACAAUUCCUUUAUUAUAUGCAAGGUAUUUUACUGGACUGUUGAAUUUUUCAGUAAUAACACCCCUACCAUGUGAUAACUUAUCAUAUCCUGUUUAUACACAUCACUUAUCUUUUUCGUUCCUUAAGGCAAGUAGCAUUAUCCCCAUCUGAUCUCUCCUUACAGAGUUUGUGACUUGCCUAAGUGCCAGAGCUAGGACCAAAGCCUGCCUCUUCCUCUUGAUUGCUUGUCCAGUAUUGUUCCCCAUUAUACUUUGCUGCUGCCUUGUCUAGCAGUGCACUUAUUAAUCUGUGGACAGCUGACAUUCUACCUCUCCCCCUACCACCACCCUGACCCCUGUGCUUUUUUCUUACUGGUUUUUUUUUUCUUGAGUAAAAUUAUCACUGAUUGUUUUUGGUGAAAUAUGAUAUCUAAAACACCAAAUUUAAUGGAAUUAUUUCUCGCCAUAAAUUACGAAAGCUGAAGAUUGCUUCUGACAGUCAAUCUCCAUUUUUAAAAUUUGCAUUUUCCUUUUGAAAAUGCAACUAAAAUGCACAGGACCUCAAUGUGAUUUCUUAACAGUGAUCUUACAGUAAGAAACAUAACUCCAGAAGGCAUCUAACUAGUCAGUCCACUCAAGUCUUCCACAUUUGUGAUUUUGUCUCUCUGAUCUUUAUCUGAAUGAUCUUCCAAGUUAGGGAGAUAGCAGAUUUUAAUUUUAGAUGGUAUAGUAAGAAAAUGUAAUAAGUCUUAUUUAUUGCUGUCUUGCAAGAAGAAAAAUUGAUAGAUAUUUGGUUGCACACCAGUGAAGCUCUCUCUACCAAACUAGAAUAAACUUUAAACCUAAGGACAAAAGAAAGUUUAUAAACAAUUUUUAAUAUGGAAUUUUAUUUUUAAAAUUUGGUUAGCUCAGUAUACAACUAAAGAAGGCCCCUCCUUAAAAUGUAGUCCUACCAGAAAACCUGAAUCAGAUUUAGACAUGUUUCCACAUUUGGGAAAAAAAAAACUGUUUAGGGUCCAUGGACCUCCAUGGAUGGAUUCCAGGGGAUUCAUGAACUUAGGAAAAAAAAUACAUCUUCAUUUUUACUAACCUCUAAGUGAAAUGUAGAAUAUCUUUUAACUGUAAAUUUUUAAAAAUUAUUCUAAGAAGGGGUCUAUAGGCUUCAUCAGACUGCCAGAAGGGAUCCAUGUGCCCCCCAAAAUGGCUAGGAACUCCUGACUUGGAAGUAUAACAUUACAGAUUUUCACAAGUAUGGAAGAAGCUUAUGUAUCUUGAAGGAAUAAAUUCUAUUAGAAUACUAAUAGAAUAGUAUUUUAGAGCUACAAGGAAAGCCAUUAUGGGUUCCUUAAAGAUUCUUUUAAUGCAGCCUCUUUAUAGCAGAUGAGAAAACAGAGGCCCACCCAUAUGAAUACUGUCAAAUAGUGAUGACAGAUAAUGUUUCCUGUGAAGUAGUGUGACAAAACCAAACACAAUCCUACACCACCAACAACCACAAUUGGCAGAAUUUCUCUUAACUUUGCCCAGGAGAAAGCUAUGCCUAGGUCACUUGUAUAUUGGUGCUACCUGUUUUAUUUCUGUAUCCACAUGUCCUUUUUCAGUUUGUUCCUGUUGACAUUUUUUAAGAGAGAUUUUUCAUUUCCUAAAAUUUUGAACAGUUUUGAGAACUUCAGCCCAUUUUAGCAAGAUAGCUUUGUGUACACCACUACUUAAGAAUAAUUCACUUCUAUAACCCUUUUAUGGUUUACAGAGUAUUUUUUAUGAAUCUCAUAACAAGCCCGUGAGUUAGAUUUUCCUCAUGUUACGGAUGAAGAGACCAGAAUGGCAAAAUAACUUGUCCAAGGUUACUAAACUAAUGAAUUGAACUAGAAUCGACACACAGGCAUCUGACACGGUUUUGUAGUACUUACGCUAUACCAUAAUGCCUCUCCAACAUACUUUAUUCUUUUGUUAAUCUCAAAAAAAAAAGGCCCCAAAUGUGGAAUUCAAUCUCAAGUGAAGUCCGUUUGUCAGAGUUCCCUGUUUUUUUGUGAUCAAGUGUGUGAGUCCCUGUGUCUAUUUUGAGCAAAUUUGAAGAAAUGCUUUUUGUCCGUUCCAAUGACCCCCCUUGUAUUUCAUGUUCACUUAAACCAUUUGAUUUUGAAACCAAGACAAUGUAGCAGUAACUGCAUAUGUAACCACUUGAAAAUAUCAACUCUGAGUCAACGUAUUUCAAACAAAGAAGACAUGGUCUGAAAUUAGAAACAAAAGCAGGAUGAAGGAAGCGAAAGCACUAGCACAAAUGGUAUUUCUGAGCUUUCAACUUCUUUUGACAAGGUGCCAAUGUCACUUCUUUGUAAAUGAAAAUUAUAUUUUGAAAUAAAUUUAUCAGUGUUGAAUGUUUAAAA